UUUGGAAGUAACAAGACCUCUUUUUAGCCCUCGGUCUGGGGAGUCCAAAAGAAGGAAGACGCAGUGUAUUUUGCAAAAGCUAUGAAGGGGAUAUUUUGAUGGAUUGUAACCUCAGCAAAUGUCUAACCCCAAACCAGCAAUGACAACCUGGAGACUUAAAACAGAUCCUCUGCUUUCUUGGCAAGGGACUGGGCCUCAGUCUUUAGAGGGCUUCUGAUACUCUAGCUCCCUCUACUGGUACUCCUAAGACAUUCUCCAAGGAUGGGAACUCAUGUCCUUGCGGCUUCAAUUUCCAUGCUGUCCCUUCUGGCAAUAAUGGGAGAUACAGGCAGUAAAAUGGAUAGUUCCUUCAUGACUGACACGGACCCAGGGCGAUGUAUGAGGCAUCAUUAUGUUGAUUCUAUCAGCCAUCCUUUAUACAAGUGUAGUUCAAAGAUGGUUCUGCUGGCUCGCUGUGAGGGACACUGCACCCAGAGCUCACGCUCAGAGCCAAUGGUGUCCUUCAGCACAGUUCUGAAACAGCCUUUCCGAUCCACGUGCCAUUGCUGCCGGCCACAGACUUCUAAGCUGAAGGCCAUGCGCCUGCGCUGCUCAGGUGGUAUGAGACUCACCGCCACCUACCGCUACAUCCUCUCAUGCCACUGUGAGGAAUGCAACUCUUAGGGGCAGACCUGCUGCAGCAAAAAGGACAGGAGGGGCACACGCUCUGCAGCAGAACGUCCAGAAGCAGAAACAGCCAAGGACAACCUUCCAACGGUUUGCUGCUGCUACAACCAGGGAUAAUUAGAAUGGAUUUCAUUGGAGGAUGACAGAGAAGGAGCCACGCAGAUACCUGGGGUUGUACCAAGGAAUACAACAGACACCAGAAUGUAUAAUUGCACACUGUUGCUGAAGAUGUAACCACAUGUGAAGUUGAGGAAUGGGAGCAUUUGUUGUUAGAAAUCUAUCUUUUAGGUUCUUGGGGUCAUUUUUCUAUGUCAGUGAUUCUUUAAUAUUGAAUGUCAACUUAAGAAUUAUGGCUCUUGGUUUGGAUGUUCAGCCAGCAACACAAAAGAACCAGGGACAUAGAAAAUGCAUACAGUGGAUGCUAUUAUGUGGAAAACAAUUUAUUCUAGAAGAAAACAAAGACUCUUCCCUGUAUACAGAAGCCUAUUGUGUCUUUUAAACAUGCCCUUUAGUUUAUACUGGCCUUGAAAACAGACUGUGUUGAAUAGUAAGAGAUAUAUUUUAUCUGGUCCGGCAGCCAAGUGUUGGACAAGUUACUGUGAUUUAGGUGCGGUUGCAAAAUAAAUAAUAGAAAAUUUAUGGAACUACCAGUGCAGCUUCUCCAGUGUUGGGAAAGCAUAC